UAAAAAAAAAUCCAAAAUUGAGCAAUGUCACCACUAAAGAAUUUUUCUCUUUUUCACUGGAGUUCCUCCUCUUCCUCUCGCUAGAAAAUGUACUCCUCAACCGACUGCCUUUAAUUCGAAUGCUGGGUGCAACUGGCUCUUGAUAUCGUUAACCAGAUUUCUCAAGACAGUUUGAACUUGUCCAUAGACAUGCUAAAUUGCAUAUUGCAUGCUAUUGAAGAGACCAUGAGUGUAAUUUGGUUUGGUGAAUUUAUUCAGUGAUCUGUUGCCAUAACCUUUAGCCAAAUGCUGAGACAUUUAGAAGGAUGAUAAUUUUGAGUGUGAAAAUGAAAGAUUUUGAUGGUGCAUAUGCGAUGCUGAAUGAUUCAAGGAAAAUGAACGUUAAACUUGUAGCUGGCAUUUAUAAUACUAUAAUGGCAGGAUAUUUUCGAGAGAAGAAAAUUUCUGAUGGGUUGAGGGUUCUCAAGCAAAUGGAACUUGACAGCGUAAAACCAGAUCCUCAAACUUACAGCCAUCUAAUAGGCUAUUGUGACCGUGAAGAGGAUAUUAUCAAGUAUUGUGAAGAACUGAAGUGUUCUGGGAUUACAGUAACAAAGCACAUAUUUAUGUCACUUAUUAAUGCAUAUGCAGCUUGUGGACAGUUUGAGAAAGCAAAACAGGUUCUCUUGGAUGAAGGGAUGCCAGUUAAAAGGCUAAAUGAACUCAGAAGUGCUCUCAUCUCUUCUCUUGCAUCAAAUGGGCAAAUGGCUGAUGCCCUAGACACAUAUGAAGAAAUCAAGCAAUCUGGAGGUGAUCUGGAGCCUAGAGCUGUCCUAUCUCUGAUGGCAAGUUCUGAACAGGACCUUCGCAGUUGUGAUAUCAGGGUUUAUUUUUCCUCAUUUUCUCAUAGGAGUAUCUUCAUUCUGAGGGAGACUUGAAUCUUAUGCUUCAACUAUUAGAGGAACUGCAUGAUCAAGGGUAUUGGAUUGAGGGUUGCUGCAGAGUUAUCUCAUUUUGUGUUAGAAAAAGGCAUCUGAGGUUAGCUGAUAGGAAAUUCUUCA